CUACUUAUACAAACUGGUGGUCAUACAUGUAUUUACAUAUUUUAUUGCAUAAUAUUCAAAAAUAGAUUCUUAAAAUGUGGAUAAAAACGUUAAUACUUUCGGCUUUGUUACUGUAUACAACAUCAGCAAAACCAGUAACUGGACCUGGAAAUGAUAAUAAUAUAAACCAUAAGAAAUUAGCGAAGUUCCUAAAAAAGUCUGUGCCAACAAUAGAAUCAAAAUAUCGUUUAUCUCGCAAUACAGUACCGAGAGUGUACAUGAUAGAAUUAGAUCCGGAUUUUUUGGGUGACAAGUUUACAUUUACCGGAAAGUGUUCUAUUAUUUUUGAAGUACUUCAUCCAACUACCAGUGUUACUUUACACAAAUCUAAUAAACUAGAUAUUCAAGGCGAUGCUACAGAGCUCAUACAUUCAGAUGGUAAAAUUGAAAAGCCAUUAAAACAAACCUGGGAAGCUCAAAAUGAAUUUUAUACCAUGAAAUUCGAAAACAAAUUACCAAUUGGAAACUACACAUUAAAUAUGAAAUGGUCGGGAGUUGACUCGUCUGAAGAUUGGUUUGAUCCUUACACAGGAUUUUAUCGAGCCGAAAAUAAAGGAGAAAAUGGAGAAACUAGUUACAUAGUUACUACUCACUUUGAACCAUCAGGAGCUCGAAAUACUUUUCCAUGUUGGGACGAACCAGGCUUAAAAGCAGAAUUCGAAAUGUCAGUUAAGCAUUUUCCAAAUUAUACAGCACUGGCAAACAUGCCAGUAAAAAGUCAAGAAAAAAUGCCGGAUGGUAAAGUUUUAACUCACUUUGAAAGAUCUGUAAAAAUGUCGCCAUAUCUUCCAUGCAUUUUGAUCGCUGAUUACAAAGCAAUUAAGAAUGAAAAUGGAAAUAUUACAUUUUAUACAAUGGAAAAAGAUUUGGAAUUAGUAAAAUACGCUUUGGAAAUAAGUGAAAAAACUAUUCCUGCCUUAGAAGCUUAUACUAAUAUGCCGUAUGCAAUGCCAAAACUUGAUCAGAUCACAGUUCCUGAGUAUGGUGCAGUUGCUAUGGAACACUGGGGACUUGUGAGUUAUAUAACGUAUUCAGUAUUAUUACGUAAUACUACAUUGAUGCCAAAUAAUGAAAAAAAAGACAAAAUUGCAUUUUUGGUGGCUCAUGAAUUGGCUCAUCAGUGGUUUGGAAACUUAGUCAGUCCAGUAUGGUGGGAUGAUGUGUGGCCGAAUGAAGCGUUUGCGGCAUAUUUUCAAUAUAAAGUAUUAGAUCAGAUUUUUCCUCAUUGGAGAGUAAUGGAUUAUUUUGUAGUUGAACACAACAAUGAAUAUGCAUUUCCUGCUGAAAUUCGUUUACGUGGAUCAGGCAAGCCAAUAAAGUUCAAUCCCACUACAAAGAUAGAAAUUGAACAAGCGUUUGGCCCAGUUACUUACAACAAAGGUGCUGCUGUUGUGCAUAUGAUCGAACAUAUCCUUGGAGAAGAAGUUUUCCGUGAAGGAAUCCAAAACUAUUUAAAAAAACAUCAAUUUAAAGCCGUGGUUACCAAUAACCUUUGGGAUGCACUACAAGAAGCUCAUGAUAAAAAAUACAAAGAUAAAAAACUAAAUAUAAAAAGCACUAUGGAACCAUGGAUCAAACAAACUGGUUAUCCAAUAUUAAAAGUAACAAGAGAUAAUGAAACUGAUGAUAUUGUUAUAAAACAAGAACCGAAUAAACCUUCUUCAGCAGGAAAUACGUGGAGAAUUCCAAUAAAUUACGCCACAAAGUCGAACCCCGAUUUCACGUCAACAGCACCAACCAUGUGGAUGGAGAAAGAUCAAGAAGAGUUAAGAAUUGCUAAUAUUCCUAAAGAUGAUUGGAUCAUCGUAAAUAUUCAACAAAGAGGAUUUUAUCGAGUUGACUAUGAUGGAGAAAAUUGGGACAAACUUAUAGGAUAUCUUCAUUCUGAUGAUUUCAAAAAAAUACAUCCAGUUAAUCGUGCACAAUUGAUUGAAGACAUUUUUGAAAGAUUUGCAGAUGAGUCAAAAAUAGAUAAAUUAAUUCUUUUGACACUAUAUUUACAUCAAGAACGAGAUUAUGUUGUGUGGAUACCAGCAGGGAAAAUGAUACAACGAUUUACCUCUGGUAUGCGUAAUUCACAUGAAGAGGAUAUCUUUGGGCUGUUUUUACUCGUUGUUACAAACGAAAUAACUGAACAUCUUGGAUUUGAACAUCGUGAAGGAGAUGAACAUUCUGCGGUCAAAAUAAGAAGUAUGCUUGCUCCUUUAGUAUGUGCAUACGAACAUGCUGAUUGUAUCGCAUUUGCUCAUCGCCUAUUUGAUACUUAUUUGGAAAAUCCAUCUGAAAAUGCAUUCCCAUCUACCGAUUGGGAAUGGAUCGUAUGUGCUGGACUUCGAGAGUCAAAUGAAUCUGUAUGGGAUAAAUUCAUGACUACUGAUAUGCCUAUGACGAAAAGUAUGAAAAAUUCCAAGUACAAUUUUAUUAAAUGCUUACCCUCGAAAAAACAGCGUGAUAAAUAUAUUGCUCGAACCAUGCAAGAAGGAUCGAAGGUUACACCUGAUCAAAUAAAUGGAAUGUUUGAAGCUUUCUUUAAAAGUCGUAGUGAUGAUGUUAAUUAUGCUAUCGAUUAUGUUAUUGGAUACUUUGACAACAUUAAAAAAUACUAUGAUCAAGAUGAAGAUGGUAAUAUUUUACUCUUGAUAGCGAAUAUGGCAAUUUAUGGCAUUAAAACUGAAAAUCAACUCAAAAAGUUCCAAAAAUUCUUAGAAGAGAAUGGGAAAGCUCUCGAUGACGUGGAUUUUCUGAGCCCAUCAGAUGCAUUGGAACUUUCUAAAGAAAUCGAUGAAAUCGAAACAAAUGUAGCGAUUGUGGCACAAAAAAUAAGAGAAAUCAUUGAAUUUGAUGAUAUUGAUGAAGGAAAAAAAUUACGGAGACUCAAAACAUCGGAAUCAUAAAAAUAAAGUUUCAAUUUUAAUUCUUAUGUAAUGAAUGGAAUUUAAACUCAAGUUAAAAUUAAAAUUAUGAGUAGAAAUUUUUUAUUUAUUUGUUAUUAAUAAAUUUUGAAUGUUAUGAUUAAAAUAUUGUUCCGGCGAAUCUUUUCAAUGUCAGUUUUCUAAAAAACCAAUCUAAAAUUUAACUAUUAUCGAAAAAUUACAUAAAUAAAUGACAUUUU